AUUGCAGUUCCAUACAAUCACCGCACAGUGGAGUUCGAGAGUUGGGCCUCCUUUUCCUGUUGAGUGAAUGCGUCCAAGUGCGGUUCGAGCGAUUGGAUGUGCGCUGCUGCGAGCUGUCUCUCCUCUAGAUCGAAGAUGGCGGUGUCCGUAUUCCCCGGCGUGCGGCUCCUCUCUGUCGGAGACGCAAACGGCGACAUACAGCGGCAUUCAGAACAGCAACCUCUACGGCUGGAGGUGAAAACCACCCAGGAUGCGGCCCUGAUAAACCUCUCCAACACAGAAGAGACCUGCGUGUUCAAAUGCUCCAUCUCCCAGGACACAGAAUGCAGCCGCGUGGGCAAGCAGUCCUUCAUUGUCACCCUCGGGUGCAACAGUGUACUGCUUCAGUUCCCAUCCCAAACAGAGUUCUCGUCCUUCUACAACAUCCUGAAGAACUGCCGUGGACACAGAGGAGAGCAGUCAGUCUUCAGCGACAGGACAGAGGAAUCCUCUGCUGUACAGUAUUUCCAGUUCUAUGGCUACCUCUCCCAGCAGCAGAACAUGAUGCAGGACUAUGUUAGAACUGGAACAUACCAGCGGGCAAUUCUUCAGAAUCACACAGACUUCAAGGACAAAGUGGUGUUGGAUGUGGGCUGCGGGUCUGGGAUCCUCUCCUUCUUUGCUGCCCAGGCUGGAGCGAGGAAGGUGUACGCAGUGGAGGCUAGCACCAUGGCCCAGCAUGCAGAGGUCCUAGUAAACAGUAACCGGCUGAACGACCGGGUGGUGGUGAUCCCUGGGAAGGUGGAGGAGGUGAGCCUGCCGGAGCAGGUAGAUAUAAUCAUCUCGGAGCCCAUGGGCUACAUGCUCUUUAACGAACGCAUGCUGGAGAGCUACCUGCACGCCAAGAAGUUCCUCAAAAGCAACGGUAAAAUGUUCCCAACCAUCGGUGAUGUGCACUUGGCACCCUUCACAGAUGAGCAGCUGUACAUGGAGCAGUUCACCAAGGCCAAUUUCUGGUACCAGCCAUCCUUCCAUGGCGUGGAUCUCUCAGCACUUAGAGGAGCUGCUGUGGAUGAGUACUUCCGCCAGCCCAUUGUGGACACCUUUGACAUCAGGAUCCUCAUGGCAAAGUCUGUGAAAUACACGGUCAACUUCCUGGAGACUAAAGAGGAAGAUUUAUACAAGAUCGAGAUCCCCUUCAAAUUCCACAUGCUCCACUCUGGCUUGGUCCACGGGCUGGCCUUCUGGUUCGACGUGGCGUUCGUGGGAUCUGUGAUGACCGUAUGGCUGUCCACCGCCCCGACGGAGCCACUCACCCACUGGUACCAGGUGCGCUGCCUGCUGCAGUCACCGCUCUUUGCCAAGGCUGGAGACACCAUGUCGGGCACUGCCAUGCUCGUGGCCAACAAGAGACAGAGCUAUGACAUCAGCAUUGUGGCACAAGUGGACCAGACAGGCUCUAAGUCCAGCAACCUGCUGGACCUGAAGAACCCCUUCUUCCGGUAUACAGGCACCACCCCCCCCCCGGGCUCCCACUACACCUCCCCCUCUGAGAACAUGUGGAACACUGGGGGAGCCUACAGCGUGAGCCAGGGCAUGGCCGCGUCCGGGAUGCCUGCAGCCUAUGACCUGAGCACAGUCAUCGGCAGUGGUUCCACGGUCUCCCACAACAACCUCAUCCCCCUUGUGAAUACCGGCAUAGUGAACCACACACACUCCAGAAUGGGCUCAAUCAUGAGCACAGGAAUAGUUCAGGGAGCCUCCACUGGCCAGCAGGGUCCCAGCAGCAGCAGCUCUUACUAUCCCAUCACCAACCAGUUCACAAUGGGUGGGCCGGCCAUCUCCAUGGCGUCUCCCAUGGCGAUCCCUAGCAACACCAUGCACUAUGGGAGCUAAGGGCCCCCUGCAUGUCGAGCCUCCCAAAACUGACCACAACCAAAUCCAGAAAACCAAAACCAGUGCUGCCGUCUUUGUGCUCCAUCACCUCUUCUAUCAGUCUCUCUCUCUCUCUCUCUCUCUCUCUCGUUACAUAUCCGUCCUCUACUACAGUAGCACCAUUUUCAGCGAGCCUGACAGUGGGCCACUGCCGCCGUCAAUCCUCUCUCAUCCCGCAGCAGCUGCUAAAACAAACAUAAAAUGUAUUCCCAGUUCAGCCACAGGGUGGCAGCGCUGAUGAGCACAAAGCUGAACAGAGACUCAAAGACUGGAGAACCACACAGGCAGGUGAGGACGCCAGUCCCACUGGACCAGCCCACCUUUUUUAUGCUUCUCAGAUGCAGCACACACACACACACACACACACACACAGAAUCACGCACAUAUGCACACAUGUCAACGGACUGUAGUAGCAAAGAAGAGAACGUGGAAACUAGUCUCAAAGGAGAGCUCCUCACCUCUGAGCAUGGAGUUUGCCGUUUGACUGGGAGUCGUCGGUCACUACACAUUGUGCAGUUGGCUUUGCAUCCUCCCUUCACUCUCUCUCUCUCUCUCUCUCUGUCUGUCUGUGUGAGCUUGGCCACAAUAAGCACCACGGUCUCACCGAGAGCCUGCUCAUCUUGGCAUGAACUCUACUCUCCGUCUCUCUAGUCUCUAGAAAGAUUUUGUCUUCACCGCGGGCCAUAGACGCAUGUACACUAGUGUAAUAACCUUCAUCAGGUAGCCAGAUGCCCUCCAAAGCAUUUUUUUUAACCCGUUUUGACAGAGAAAAAAAAACAAACUAGUUGGUAGAACCUUCAGAUAGUCCAGACUCCAUUGCCACUCCAAGGUCUGUUAGUUUUACAGUAGUGCAGUUAUGGUUGUCCUGUGUAGACUUGGUGUUCCUAGUGGAGAGACUGCAAGGCUAUAUAAAAUGGCUGUUAUCAACCUCCCCACCCUCUCAAUCUCAACCAAACCAUCAUGGAUUUUCUUUAUGAUUAACUCUUUUUGUCAACUGUGCUUUUUGGAUGCCACAGCAGAGAAGAUUCGCUCCCUUGCCCUGGUCGUGGGACCCGUCACAACCUAUUGGGAUUGCACUGAGGGGAAUGGACAGUCAGACGCACCCAGUGGGGUGGACAGAUUGGGGGGUAUGCCGGAGUAAAUAACGGGAAAGCAGACAUGUGGGUGCUCUGUACAUACAUUGUAUCUGGGAAGAGGACAAAUUGAAAGAUACAUCGCUUGAGCAGCAGAAUCUGAGUUUACAACCCCACACUGACUCCAUAAUGUUGUGUAUUGGGAGACUUCUGGCAACACGGUGAGAAGUCUGCCCCUUACCCUUACUCCCAUUUCAUCAUGUCCCCUCAGAUCUGCAUCUGGCUCUCACAACUGAAGCCCAACACCUUGUUGUCGUCCCCAUGGGUACGUGAAGGCCCUCUCAAAGACAUCAGAAAUGUGUAUGCAUUGCUUCCAGUCACAUUUUCAGUUUGUUUUGAUUUAGCACCUUCUUGGAGGUAAACAGAAAAAACAGUAACGUCUGUUAGUUUGUAGAGUUAACCUUUUUUUGUUUGUUUACUUUUUGUUUAUUUACUUUUUGUUUAUUUUUGUUUUUCUUUCACAAGAAGCAACAAACGAUAAAAAGAAAAGGAAAAAAAGAGCAAAUUAAAUGUUGUGGGAGGAGUCCCAUACACAGUCUGUGUGCAGUCUUACUAGACCAGUAUUUUUUGUUUGUAUAAUUCAAGCUUAUCUCAGGGAGAUAAGGACGGUAGUUAUCACAGGCUGCAGGCAACAAGUCCACUUGUUCUAAUGCCAUGUGCAUUUCCCUGGAAAAAGCCCAGGAGGGCCUCUAGGGGUGGCAGAACUUUCCCCUCCCAUCUCAACAGCAAGUGAAGUCUGACUGCUAUCGUACAAGAAUAACUGAAUUAGGUCAAUAAAAUGUCACCAAUUUCUACUGGA